AUGAAUUCACUUGCAGUACUGUGUAUACAAACACUUUUGCUUAAAGAGGAUCUGAUUUUAUCAUCCACUGACAUUGACAAUCAUGACAAUCGUUUGCCACUUCCUAUAAGUACUGUUCAAACGAAAUUGAGCGCAUAUUGCAAAAAUCCAGUCUAUUCUCGGACAACAGUAAAGGACCUCAUUGAUCGAUUGUGUAAAAAGAAGAUUAUUGCAGUUCGUCAAUAUACGCCUACAGAGCCAGGCACUCUAAUUCUGUACUACACUUUAGCAUCACAACAGCAAAUUCCAGGAACAAUUGCAAUAGCUACUCCUUCAAAACCAUCCAAAACCAUAUCUAAUGUUGCAUUUCAAAGUGCCAAAAAACUGACACCAACUUCUAAUGACGACCUGGCUCUUGCUGAUACACCUAAAAAGUCUUUUGAAUUCCAAUCUGCUAAAGGAUUCAAACAUGAAUUGUCGAAUGAUUCCAAAACCACGACUGUAAUGGACUAUGCUUGUCAUUCCGUCGAUAGUAUUAUGUCAGAUGACAAUAUAGGUUUUAAAACAGCCAAGGAUAUUGCUACAGAUACACUUGUCUCUAAACCAGACAUAUGUACAUAUACUACCAACACCGUGUCUGAUGAAAGUGCACAGUCAGAUUUAUCAGAGUUUCAACUUGCAAAUGCACUUUCAAAAAAAUCAAUCGCUCAAGCAAUCGAUGCUCCAAAUUCCAAUACGACCCUAUUGAGAUCUAUGGAUGCAUCGGAACAUCUCAGUGCUAAUGAUGAGCUUGAAAAAACACAGAUAUCUGCUUGCAUUUUGGCAUCAAAUGAACAAGCUUUGCCUACAGUUGAAAUAGAAAAAACAGUAGAUCCAGAGCCAAUCGCUAUACCGGUAGAACCCACUGCAACUCCAACCAAAAUCCCUUCUAAGCGCAAGUCAUGUUGGAACACUCCAUUUAAAUCACCUUUAGCAAACAGUUCAAGAAAAUCGACCGUAACAACAAAGCCAUCAGUAUUCAAAUCUGCCAAGCCACCAGUAAAACCUAUUUUUUCUACUCCCACAGUCCCCACUACACCAGCUCGGGAAUCGAUUGCGGAAGCAAGCACUUCUGAAAUCUGCCCAGCAUUCAAGCCAGCAUCGGCAAUAGCAUAUCAAGUAUCGACACCCAAGUCCAAGUUUAAAUCCUCCACGUCGUCAAGCUCACUUCCACUUUCAUCGCGACCCAUGCGGACUCCACUUUCUAUGCAUAAUAAUAACAAUUUACCAAUAACUCCGUUGAAUGCUCGCCAUGCAUCUGGAAAAAAGGACUUUCAAAGCCCACUGGCUAGAACCGAUCCAGCAAUGCAGGAAAAAAAAGCACUUGAUCGAGCCAUUGAAGACUUGACAUGCCUUAAACGCAAAUACGAGUUGUAUCAAUCCUAUAAAGAAAAUGCAAGUAUAACUAACGAAAUUACCAAAGUUGAUCGACUGAUUGCUAAAUGGAAAGGUGUUUGUCAAGAUACUCUUUUGGACCUUCGCACUCAGAUUGGAGAAGUUGCGAUUCCAAAAAAGAAGCAAACAUCCAAUCCAUUUUUUGAUCGUUCUGAUUCAACAAAAGGAGUGGGUAUUCAUCCCAGUCGUGCACAUUCUUGGUGCGCUCAAUUUCCUGACUAUGAAAAUGAAGAUAGUGAAACAGGGAGCAGUGGUGGUGGAAUGUUUAACACCGAUCGGAUUUACCAAGAACGUCCAAGGAUUCUUAAACUGAUUGAGCUUGCAAACAUGUGCCAAUUUGAUAUUCACAUGAUUGGCAAAUAUGAUGAGAUGGACGAUGAUUUUGUUUAA